CGCCAUACUGCUUUCAUUCGUUCGGCACAGUACGCGCCCAGCGCCUACGCGGAUCGUCGCUGGUGCUUGUCGUGCUGGUUCGUCGUGGUGGUGUACAGUUCAGUCAUUUUUUUGCUCGCAUAGAUAUCGCGUCGUUCGAAUUAACUCGGGGUAACUACCGUGCGUGUUCAUCGUCGACUGCUAUCGUCCGCCUGCCAUACUGAUACAUCGCAACGGGAGGAACGAAGACGGGACUAGCCAGAGAACAGACACCAUUUCUGUUCACCAGCAGCAGCCGCCGCCGCCGCCGCUGCUGUCGCCGUUCUUCUCCCGACCGGCUCUAGCCAGGCCCCGUGUUUCUUGCUGCGAAAGGUGCGUACAGUGGCCGGAGGAAGAAACCACGGGAUUUUACGCGGCACCAAGUGGACUCUGGCUCACCACUCGGCGUCCGACUUCCGGAGCUGACCGGCUCUACACGUUCAGCCAGGUAUGCGAGUGCUGUGAAAUCAUAACUUCGCAGUUGCCGACCAAGUAAAGGGAAACUAAGGCUUGUCAGCAUGAUAUGAUAGCAGGGCCCGAAGCAAUCUCCCCUGAAAGAUGAAGAAUCCUCACGUGCUCGCGUGCUUCCUACUGCUGGUGCCCCUGUCGCUCGGCUUGACCCCGCAGGAGGACGACCUGGUGUUCGAUGACGUCGGCGAUGAGAGCACCAGCACAGCAGCCACGGUGAUCAACAGCCGGCGCUUCGACGAUCCGAGAACGAGCUGGCACGAGCAGAACCGGCCGCGAGACAUCAAGAGGCACCAGGUCGAGAGGCUCUGGGGCGUUCCCGAUGUCGUCGUGCCCGUCGGCCACGUGCUCAAGCUGAGGAUCCCGCGGCAGGCGUUCACCGGGCCCGUAGAUUAUUACGAGGUAUUCGACGCGAACGGUAGUCAGUUGCCGAAAUGGAUGUUCUGGGACGACGCGGCGUCGACGCUGGUGGGCGUGCCGUCGAAAAAGGACCUGGGCAGUCAUCAUCUGAGCGUGAAGGCCAUCGGGAAGCAUGGCGACACCGCGAAGGACCUGUUCAUCGUGCAGGUCGUCCCCGAGAAGCACGAGGAGCUGAAGCACAGGGACGGAAAGACACACUGCAACGAGGGAGAGGACCAAACGCUCCUCUCGAUUCUGCUCGAUGCCAGGUUCGACAACCUCUCGCCGUCCACGCGAGUCAACGCCAUCGAUAAUCUCUCUGGAUUCCUUGGACUUCACCUGAGCGCGUUUUCGAUGCACCCGCAAAAUUUCAAGGAGAACUCGAACGUGGACUCCACGGUGAUAUUCAGUGGGUCUGGGAACGUGAAGCAUCGUAAAGAGAAACACCUGACCGCGAUACAAUGGCAGGUCGGCUGCGACGGCCACUUAUGGAGGCAUCAGACGGAUUUGGUGAAACGAUUGCGCGAGCAAGCGAGGGACGGCACAUUGGCGGAGGUGAUGCAGCUUCCGGUGCUGGUGUGGCGCGUGAAAACAGAAUCGAGUUCCUUAUUGAGGAACCGGAGGGAAGCCGGCUCCGGAGACUACGGUACGGACGGCUAUGACGAUGCUAACUACGACGAGGAAUACGACGAGGAAUACGACGAGGACGACGGCGAGGACGGUGAUGACUCACAAGUGCAGCCGACUUUCGUGCCGGAUACGAGUGGCCCAAGAGGGAACCUCGCUCCGGAACAUCCUCACAGACACCACCACGGGGAGGAGGCUAUCGACUGGAAUACCGAAGAAAUCGACGACGUGAUAACAUCGGUGAAUCAGGCGAACACAUUGGAGAACGCGUUGAACAGAAGCGCCGCGGAGACCAGCACGACAACAACCACUGAACUUACAUCACCACCAUCAUCAACAACUCCGACAACAAGUAUCACCACAACAACAACAUCAACCCCCACGACGACUACCUCAACAACAACUCCAACUACAACCACUCAACAAGCCCCGUCGACGACCACUAGUACUACAACUAGCACAACUACGACUACAACAACAGCCGAUACAACAACAGCUACUAGCAUCUUGGUACCGACCACCGUUCCGACGGCCACCGAAUCUCCGAGACCGGACACAACCACCGGCGAGACAACGACGGAGAACGCCAAGCGAUCGGAGAACGAAUCCGUGAACAUCUCGUCCGUCAUUAUUCCAGAAAUCACGACCCUACCCUCGGUAAUCCCACAUUCUAGCACCAGUGGAACCGUUGCGACCACCAUAGAGAGAACGGACACAGACGUCAACGGUGGUACUGUUAAUGUCACCACGGAGGAGCCAACGGAACAGCCGUCAGAAUCAACAACGAGACAGACCGUAUUCGUAUCACCCAUUACAGUACCCGUAAGCCACGCCACGACCACUACAACUCCAGCCAGUACCACGUUACCAAUAUUGGUCACGAACACUAGCACAACACCUACAACAUCAACAACAGAAAUGCGAAUACCGACCACCACAACUUCCACCACAACUACUACCACGGUUCAGCCUACUACUAGCAGUAUUGCUAUCACAACCACUACCACGACAACCGCACCAACAACGACCAGAGCUACCACCACUGAACUACCCAGAGUUAUCACGGAAACCAUAGAGUACGGUCUCCACAACUUCCCACCCAGACAGGAUAAGAGGUUGAAGAAAAUACCGGUGACCGCCGGCAAACCCCUGAGCUACAUCAUACCGCCCAACACGUUUAGCGACUUAGAAGAUGGCGAUACCAGAAACCUAAGAUUAAGCUUGUAUCUCCAAGGCGCGCCAUUGAAGAGCUCACACUGGUUGCAGUUCAAUCCAAACACCCAGGAGGUCUAUGGAUUACCACUGGAGAACGACAUCUCCACCUGGACCUACGACUUGAUAGCUGCAGAUAGGGAGGGACUAAACGUGACUGAUCGACUCGACAUCCACGUGCAACAACACAAACUCAGUCGUAGCGUCAAUCACGAAUUUAGUAUUUACCUUAGGAUCGAUAAACGUUCUGAAUUCCCCACAGACGUGGAUUGGGAGUUGAAGGUGAUUCGAAGCAUAGCUGAAUUGUACGGCGACAGCGACACGAAACAUAUCACUGUUCGAUCGGUCGACAUCCUUAACGAGCAAGCUAUCUUCACCUGGACCAACGACAGCCUGCCGAGAAGCCCCGACUGUCCAAAAGAAUACAUCACUGAUCUGUUACGUAUGCUCGUCGACCGAAGCGGCGAACCCAGCAGUGCGCUGAAAGAAGUGCUUGCCCCGGAAAUCAGAGUGAAACGAGUGGUGCAUCAAGGAAUCGGCCAGUGCGAGGACAUGAACAGACCAGAACCGCCGAAAGUUUCCACCCAGGAGCCUAAAUCCAACUUCCCGCCCAUGUCUAGAAACCAAGUGGACCUCGUCAAUGCUACUGUUGGUCAACUGCUGGUAUUCAAGGUGCCAGAAGAUACCUUCUACGAUCUUGAAGACGGUUCUGCCCGAAAUUUGCGAAUGUCUCUCUUGACCAUUGAGCGCACGCCUAUACCAGCCCACGAAUGGUUACAAUUCGAUAGCAAGAAUCAAGAGUUUUACGGUGUUCCCAUGCGCAGUGAUGUGGGACGUAAAGAAUAUCAACUAGUCGUCACUGACAAGGAAGACGCUAGCACCACUGAUGGUCUUGUGGUAGUCGUCUAUCCAGCGCCAAUGAUGCAUCAUACAGUAGAAUUUUCGAUGACUUUGGAUAUCCCUUACGAUUCGUUCGCGCACUCCGCCCUUCAGAAACGUAACUUCAUUGAGAAGCUGCGUGAUCUGUACCAAGACAAGGACACCAGUUCCAUAUCCUUGCACAGUAUAUCUAAUGGCAGUACGGUAAUCACGUGGCACAACAGGACUUUGCCCACCACGUACUGUGCCGACGACGAGGUGAGCAGAUUGCGAUCGGUGCUUGUCAAGAGCGACAACGAUCGACGAUCCGUGACCGAUGAAGUCUUAGAUGCUAUGGGCUCGAAGUUCCCCGUGAAGCAGAUAACAGUAAUCCCUAUGGGGAUCUGUCUCGGUGAACUGACCGAUUUUCACUCGCCGGGUAACAAUGUUCCACCUGUGGAUGACUCCACUUCGGUUGGAACAUUCCACGAUGACUACCUCAUCACGUUUGUUCUGCCUGCUAUAAUCAUCGCUGCAAUGCUCAUCCUCGCGGGUAUUAUUGCCUGUGUGCUGUACAGGCGAAGGAGGAGUGGAAAAAUGAGCGUCAGCGAGCAAGACGACGAAAGACAGAGCUUCCGAAGCAAAGGGAUUCCUGUGAUCUUUCAGGACGAGCUGGACGAGAAACCUGAUCCAGGUAAAUACAGUAACAAAUCGCCGGUGAUUCUUAAAGAAGAGAAGCCACCUCUGCCGCCACCAGAGUACCAGAAAACUGAGGACGGAGCGGACGUGCCUAUGUUACCAAAAGAGAAUUCGGAGGAGCCUUAUCAACCGCCGCCGCCAUUCGCCACGAACCGCGAUACUAAUCGUCAGAAUCGGCCGAAACCGACCCCCACGUACAGAAAACCGCCCCCAUACGUACCCCCCUAACAAAAUACGGUCCACUCCCCCACGCGCAAGUAUAUGCUAGCGAUGCUCGGAGACUCCCCAAUACACACGCAAAACCAAAACAAUUAUCAGAAGAAACCUCAGACUGCCGGUGACGUCGACGGUUGUGGAUCUCUGAACGUAUACAGCAAUUUGUAAAGCUUUUUCGUUCGUCCGGCACACGAAUCCGGUAAUAUAGAGACAUUCGCUGGCGAGAAAAAGAAUCGCGCGUGCACUUUUUACUUACAUUUAUCGUAUAAUGUAUACACACAUGCAUACACAUAUACAUACAGAGACAUGCUCGAUCGUCGCUGUUCGUACGCGGUAAUUGUAUUUAAACGGAGACUCUCGACUGGGUCCCCGAUACAUGUUUUUCUUCUUUUUUUUUUUUUUAAUAUAUAUAUAUACAUAUAUACUAUUUCCGUUCUUUUUCGAAACUGAUGUACUUUACCGAACCGUCGAUAUUUCACGGGAAAUUUUUCUAGGGAGUAUGGGAUACAAAUCACGCGUUGCCUUUCGUAACGAAUUCAAACCGUAGACGAGACGAAGGAUUCACUGCUCCGACUCCGGGAUUAAGCGAAUUUAGAUUUUAGGUUUUACUGGAUAGAACACAUCGAUACGGCGAGGUUGUUCACUACUUUCGGGAGAGGAGAGGGGGCAAAGGGGAGGGGAGGGGGCAGCAACGAUACUCGUUAAAUAUUUCAGUAAUCAGUGCCAUUUUUGUAAGCAAUAAGGGUAUCUUGCUGUGAUGCGGAAGACUAUCGUGAUGGUCCGACGACAUUCACGCGGUUACUUAACUGUUAUACGGUCUCCAAGUAUCAAAGACUAUCAAUUUAACGAAUCUUCUCAUCGUACAACGUACCUACAACGUGUAACACUGCCAGAUGAUUAAAGAAGAAGAAAAAGAAGAAGAAGAAGAAGAAAAAAAGAAAGAAAGAAAAUCGAUUGGUUGUCGGGUGACGCAGUUUUUCGCCAAUUGCGCGCCAUUCUCUUUUCUUUUUUACCGCCUAGACGACAGAAUUGAAGCCGAGAAAACGAGUUCGAUCGAAACUGAAGCAUCCGACGAUCGGUUUUUCAUUUUAAAAAGAAGAAACGAUAAAUGUGUUAGAGAGAACUGAGGAUUUUAAGAAAACAAAAAAAAAAGAGGAAGAAAGAAAACGAGAAAAAAAAAGAAGAAAACUUAAUCGACUAUAUUAUCUGUUCGCGCGAUGCCAUUGCAGAGUGACAGCAAGAAAAAUGCUUCCAUUGGCACUGUAGGCCAUGCAGAAUGAAAAAUGAAAACUAACGAUAACAAAUAUAUAUAUAAAUAUGUAUAUUACCUAAUCGUCGUUCGAUAGACAGUCUGCAGUCACUUAGGUCAAUGUUGUUUAUACGCUGCCGGACCCAUGUCACAGCAUUUAAUUUGUUGUCAUCAUUGUUCUGUUUCUUUUUACUGCACACUUGUACAGAGUGAAAAACGGGGAGGCAGGAAAGCUUUCUGUUCAUUUUCGUUUCUUUUUGGAUUUUUUGUUUUACGCACAAUAUCUUACGUUUCGUUUACGACGCUACGCUUCUCUUUUCAACAACUCCUGGCUAUUGCCAACAAAGAUUUUCUAUUCGGCUACAGUUUUUGUAAGAGCCUUCGAACGAAUCUUAAAGACUUCGAACACAGUGUUCGAACCUGUUCGCAGAAGAGAGUUAUUUAAUUAAUUUAAUCGUCAUAUAGUUACCAAGCCAAAAGAUACUUAUUUAAAAAUGGAAAAAGCAACAAAAGAGGGGGAGGAGAAAGAUGGAAGAAAAUGGAGAAAGCGAGGAAUAUAAAAAAAAACAGAGGGGCGAGGAGGCGGAUAAAGGUUUAACGAGACCCGUUUAAUUGAUAAGGUGUACAUGAUGUAUGAGCUAUAAUCCUUUCUGCGCGGGGCGCAUACAUAUACAUGGUUUUAUAAAAUGAUUUUGUAUAAUCUCUCCGAACCGCUCUGUUCGCAAGGUCCUUCUUAUGUAAUUCGAACGUGGAAGCGUGUUUUCUGGGCUCGAUACGGGUUAUGCGCGCCGUUUCUUCAACACCUCGAUAAUUUCCUGAUAUUUUUUUGAAAGGAAGGGAAAUACGAGAAAUGGCGAGACGAAAGAAACCUGUGGGGAGGGGGAUUUUAGUGGUGCAGAGAAAUAAGAGCAAAUGGAAAUAUCUUGCACCUCGAAUUUGAAGGCUCCGUUUGCAUCCGCUUCGCGAAGAACAGGUAGUUGACGAAUCCGCAAAUUUGGGGUCACUCCUAUAUAAACUCGUGUGAAUGAUGAUAUGAUGAUGCUGCUGAUAAUGAUGAUGAUUAAUUGUGUAUGUAGAAUGAUAAACGGAUGUUUCGUAUGCAAGCUAAAUUACAAUAUAAUAUAUAUUACUAUUAAUUCACGUCUUUGUAAUGUAGAAGUAUAUUUACGCGACUACUGGAAUCCUUUUUCAUCGCGACUUGUUUAUCGCAGAGGGAGCCAGACGGAAGAGAACUUUGAUCAUAUGAAAUGAAAGCGUUACGUUGAUCUGAGAGAAAUGCAGGGUGGAGCGUGUGAUACAAGGCUCAGCCGUGGAGAUGCUGUAAUCAUGUUUCGACAAUAUCUUGUCCUCGCACAUUUUCAAGAGAAAUGAAAACCUUUUCUUUGGAAAAUCGUCGAUGUCUCCUAAAACAUUGUUGAUUCAACCAUCGGAGACUUUGUAGACAAUAAAAUCUAAGUUGACAAUAGAUUGCAAAUUUCAACCGUGUAAUUAUUAAAUAUUCUAAAAGCAAUUUGGGAUUUAGUACGAAAUAAAAACUUAUUUUUCGUCCAUCGAGUUUUAAUAUAUUAUAUACAAUAUAUGUAACAUUAUAAUUGUUGAAAAUUGUAUGAGAACAUUCGCAGUACGUUACAAACGAUCAUUUCUCUUUAAGUUACGGCGAAAGUAUAAUCUGAAUAGUCAGUUGAUUUUACAAGUAACAAGCUCAUAGUGCACUUCACUUCAUCCUAUACUCCGCGUACUUUUUAUUACGAGUUAUUACAAAUUGUUGUCUUCGUUCAAUUCUUUCGAAAGACAGAUUAAAGUACUUAUCUCGCAGUAUUUAUUUUACAAUCGGAAAGCUCCUUGUGUACUUACGUCUCCUCGGAUCGUUGCUCAACGAUCGCGACGCUCGCCGUACACACGUUCACCCCGCAGAUUCAGCGAGUAGCGGAACCUCGGAAUAUUUUCUAUUUUUGUAUGCCAUUUUUAGCGUGUCUCUUCUGCAAGGAAAUUGUAAAAGGUGUACUGGCCACGGAACGAAGAGAGAUCGACCGCCCUCGGGCCACCACUGAGCGCACCUUUUUUUACACGAGAAGCUCGAAUCGCAGGCGACCGAUCUCCGAUUUACGUGGCGGAAAACGAAUUAGGGCCGAUUCCCGAUCCCAGCGCCGGUAAACGCGCGGCUGCGAUAAGCAAGGACACCUCAUAUCAUGCUUUUAAUCCAUAUCAUCGCUCGUUAAACUUCGCGUUGCUCUCAAGCGCUGCAAUUGUGUUAACUGUGACGGAACGUCGAAAAGAAAGAAAAUGCAAGGAAACGACGAUUGUGUAUGAUAUAACGUGUACGAUAAUUAAUAAGGAUAGGGACGCGCGAGCGUGGUGACAGCGGGAGAGACACGAGGAGCGACGGAAAGGGAAGGGAAUUUCUUUGACAAAGGUUGCCGGGGACGGGGAAAGUCGUCUUUCUUAUCUUCGGAGCGAUUCGAAAGUAUUUUGUACAAAGGAGAACGCGAGGGGAAAAACGAACUACGAGAGAGAGAGAGAGAGUGUGUGUGUGAAAAAGGGAAAGGGAGGAUUGGGGGAAAACGAUCUGAAAAUCGAGAGAUCGACUCGCUCCUGAGGGAAACGAACGGGGAGGAUUCACUAAUACGGUGUCGUGUAUAGGAAUUUCUUGUAUACAAUAAGAACCACAUACUGACUGGGAUUUUCAAAUUAUUUUUGUCCGCUGUAGCGCAGCUCGAUGGUACCGGAUAUCGCGGGACCUCGUCGCAAAACCAAGCGUCCGGCUCGUCGACGUCGUCGAGCGUCUCGUCGCCGGCGUCGACGACCAACGGAACGAACAUUGAAUUAAUAACACACGUAUACAGAUAUCUCUCGACAAGUACUACAUAUUAAACACGUGUAAAGUUAAGGAGUUAAUAAUAAAGCCAUUUUAGGAUAAAAA